CACACACACAUAUACACAAUGGGAGGGAUACAGGAGUAUAGGUAGGACUACAGCGGCAGACAGACAGAUGUGUGAUGCUCAGACUUAACCAUGGGGCCAUUUCCCCUCGCCUGCGUGAACGUAAACUUUUACCCACCCUCGCAUCUUCUCGCCGUGACCGUGUGGAGCUGUCAUUGAUGCCAACUCGCUGCUUGCACACCUGCUUCUUCUUUUUUCCCCUUAAAUGACUAUUGCUGCCCGUAUAGCAGGAGCGAUGCAGCACAAACGGGGGCUGAAGUGGCAAUAGAUCCUGUUGAAUUGAGACAAGACGUCGAGACGCAGCCAAAAAAGUGUCCGUCCUCAGAGUGUGCGUCAGACCACGGAUGUACAUAGUGGAUGUUAUGGUCGCUGGCUGGAUACGACGGAUGGAUAUGUGUGAUAUUACCCCCCAAAAUCAAGUGGGGAAUUUGGGCAAAAGCGAAGAACUGCAUCCUCACCUAGCCUUCCUCCUCCUCCUCCUCCUCCUUCUCCAGCAGAUUUGUUUGUAGGGGGGCUGAGGCGAUUUCGUUUUGGCCCCUUUUCACAUCUCCAGAGAGCGUCAGAGGGAUAAAGUCAUUCACAUUCACCGGAGCUCCAUAAUAUAACAGCAAACAUCCUUUUCUUUUUUCUUUCUUUUUUUUUUUUUUUUGAAUCUCAUCACAUAAAAUGGCAACCAUGAAUGACCACGAAGGAUCAAAAGACGCAUUUGGGCGCAAGCCCUGGUCGUGGAGAAAUUAACCACCUGAUGGGCACCGGAGAAACCGAGGGGAGACUGUUUUGGUGUAGCUUGUUGACUUGGUGAUUUAUAAUGCUGAACAAAUAAAGGACGCUGCAAGUUUGACACAGAGCGUCUGCGUAACAGGCUAUGCCACCGACCGUUUCAAUUUUUGGUUAUGGUAAUGAUGUCAUAAAACACUGAAGGCCUGACCAGGAAGAUAGGCUGAUCAAUAUCUCCUAUCAUGUAAGUAGCCACAUGGACUGCACUCAACAUGGACCUAAUUGAGGUGUGUUUGUUAUUCUGACAUUCUCAUAUUCACAACUGAUUGGUCGAACCGGUUGAUGUCUCAUUUUCUCUCUCUGCGCGCUCCGAGCUGCAACUUUUAUUCUCUGGCCUGCAUCCACAUCGCCCUGAGGCGGUUACUGUAGCGCUCACGGACCGAACCGCUCAUUGACUAAAGAUGGAGUUUGCUAUGGUGGGUGCGGACGGCGGGUGCAAUAGUCACCUGCCUUAUGGAUAUGCCCAAGCUCGCGCACGGGAGAGGGAGCGCGAGAGAGAGCGCCAGGCUGCACAGUCUAGAGCGGCGGCUGCAGCGGCCGCCGCCGAAGGUGGAUCCGGUGCGGAGGGGGGAGGAGGAGGAGGAGGAGGAGGCGGCGGCGGCAGCGGCAGCGGCGGCAGCAGCGUAGGGGGGUCCACCACCACCUCCACCGCCUCCUCGAGCGCUCAUCUCCUUAACAACCGCCAGCAUCAGUCUCGCGCCGCCUCCUCCGCGAACGCCAACAUCAGCAGCGGCGGUACCGCCUCGCGCCCCUCCUCCUCCUCCACCUCCUCCUCGCAGCCGCCACAGCACCAGCAGGAGCCCGAGCAGCAGCAGAGAGUUCUCAGAGAGCGGAAAAAGCAGCGCGGCGUCGGACGGUGGAGACGCAGCCGGACGACUCUCGGCGGAGAUCUGCGCCACUCGGAGCUGGCGUUGCUCGGAUCUGAGGAGGACAUCAUGAUAGAGGAGGAAGAGGCCGAGGGAGCCGAGGAAGAGGAGGAGGAGGAGGGGGACCGGGGAAGCAAGAGGUCGAGCUUUCUGUGUAACAUGGAUGAUGAGGAGGAGACCGUCUCGAUCACUGACAGGCGCCCUCAGUCCGGAUACGAAAACGUUUACAGCGAGUGCGGCUGCUGCGAGAGAGUUGUCAUCAACGUGUCGGGUCUGAAGUUUGAAACUCAGCUAAAGACUCUCACUCAGUUCCCGGACACUCUCCUGGGAGACCCCGACAAGCGAAUCAGGUACUUCGACCCACUGAGGAACGAAUACUUCUUCGACAGGAACCGACCAAGUUUUGACGCCAUUCUUUACUAUUACCAGUCAGGGGGGAGGUUGAAAAGACCAGUCAACGUCCCGUUUGACAUCUUCUCCGAGGAGGUGAAGUUUUAUGAACUCGGGGAGGAGGCGAUACUCAAGUUUCGAGAGGAUGAGGGUUUUGUCAAAGAGGAGGAAAAACCUCUGCCUGAGGACGAGUUCAAGCGCCAAAUCUGGCUGCUUUUUGAGUAUCCGGAGAGCUCGAGCCCUGCCAGGGGGAUAGCUGUCGUGUCCGUCCUGGUUAUAGUCAUUUCUAUUGUCAUUUUCUGCCUGGAGACGCUGCCGGAGUUCAGGGAUGAAAAAGAGUAUCUACAGCCACGACACAACUCCACUCAACCUGACCACGGAUUUACUCCUUUCAACGACCCGUUUUUCAUCGUGGAAACGGUUUGCAUCAUCUGGUUCUCCUUUGAGAUUAUAGUCCGCUUCUUUGCGAGUCCGAGCAAAGCCGCUUUCUUUAAAAACAUUAUGAACUCAAUAGACAUUGUAUCCAUUUUGCCUUAUUUCAUAACUCUCGGCACGGACCUGGCGCAGCACCAAGGCAACGGGCAGCAAGCGAUGAGCUUUGCCAUCCUGAGAAUAAUCCGCCUUGUCAGGGUGUUUCGCAUCUUCAAACUGUCCAGGCACUCCAAGGGGCUGCAGAUCCUGGGUCAUACCCUGCGCGCCAGCAUGAGGGAGCUGGCCCUCCUCAUUUUCUUCCUGGUCAUUGGUGUCAUCCUGUUCUCCAGCGCGGUGUACUUCGCCGAGGCGGACGAGCCCACGUCUCAGUUCACGAGCAUCCCCGACGCUUUCUGGUGGGCCGUGGUGACCAUGACCACAGUGGGCUAUGGCGACAUGAAGCCCAUCACAGUCGGUGGGAAGAUAGUGGGCUCUCUCUGCGCGAUCGCGGGCGUGUUAACCAUCGCGCUCCCGGUGCCUGUCAUAGUGUCCAACUUCAACUACUUUUACCACAGGGAGACCGACAACGAAGACCAGACGCCGGUGGUAGAGAGCAUGCCCCCGGGCUGCCCUUACUUCCCUGACUUUCUAAGGAAAUUCAAAGGCUCGCCCUCUGGAUCCUCGCUGGGGGACAAAGCGGAGUAUAUGGAGAUGGAGGAAGGGGUAACGGAGUCGCUUUGCGGCCUGGACAAGAGCCCCAGUAAAGGGAACGGCACAGACAUAAGCAGAAAAAACAGUACUAACUCAAAAUCCAUUCAGACUGACGUGUGAUUACAAGUAGAGUUGCGUUUUUUCUUUUUCUUUUUUUCUCAAGAAGAAUAUUCCCUAUAAAUUACUGUAUGCCCAACAGCAGGUGGUCCCCCUAACACAAGUUUUACGCACGCCUCAGAGCCCACACACACACGCACACACACACACACGCACACACACACACACAAGUCACCAAUUGGCGAUGUUCAUUCUCUCCAUCUCAGAACUAUAGUUUCUUCCAAAUCCUCUCCACACAGACGAAACCUUUAGGUACAAUUACGACCAAUAUUUGCCUAAUGGGUUUAUUAAUUCUUUCAUCUGACCUGUGCGGGCUUCCAAACCAGACAUAAAAUCGAAAUUCUCGAGAAGACAGGCUAUGCAUUCGCACUUUAUGAGUUUCAUCUGUCAAUAACAGAAAGGAUAGGGGAUGAUAGUUUUGCUGUUAUGCAAUAAAGUUUAAAAAAAUGUUUGCACUAAUGUAGAAUUUGCGCCUGGUUUGGCAGAUUUUUAUUUCAGAGACAAAACUGUAGGCCAUGCAAAUGGCAAUAAUUUAGUCAUCCUCUGACCAUUUAGCUGAAGAAUGUUUGAGCAACUUCCACAAAGAGAGCAAACUAAGGAUAUUAAUAACCCCUUCCAUAUGCUGCCACUAAAAAUUGGACUCAAAUAAAGGAAAAGGCUAAGACAGAUUUAAAAAAAGACAGUUCCAACACUUAAUAUUAACAAGACAUGAUAAGACAUAGCAUUUAGCAGUCAUCAAAUAAACCAGGGCUAGAAUUAUUUUUAUGACAUCGACACAAAUAUGCUUUUCCACAACAGGCCAAAAAAAGCCUUGUGUUGUUGACCCACCAUGAGAGCUAAGCACAUGAAUCAUCAGAGUUUUAAAAAAAAAAUGGCUGGAGAAAUGACUUGCCCCGCCAGGUUUUGUAUGGACAGGCUUGGAGCCUUGGCGACAACAGUUUCCCCAGUUUCAUUUAAACCACCUCAAAAAUGACAAUAUCCCUUUACACGGACGCAGAUGGAAAGCUAUAGCAAAAAUGACUCUGUUGUGGAAACUCCUCGGAGGGGGAGUUUGCGAGCAACUUCCUCUCCUGUCCGCUGGACUUCGUGCACAAAAUAUUUUUUUUUUCUCUCAAGAGGACUAUGAUUAUCUCCGAGCUCAGAGGAUCUCCGGGAUGUGGAUGUCUUCCAAGCGCUGCCAGUUAACAGGGAGAGGGAGUAUCCCACCCACCCCCGCCCCCUAACAUCUCUGGAAAUUGCAGAGAACAAGCAAAACAUUGUGACCGGUCAUCUUGAGCACGAGCGGACACCGAAAAGCAACAACAACUGGAUGGGACUCGGCAUUCGGACUAGUGGAGACGAGAGCUACUGUGUGACGUCAGUAAACAAAACCCUGGAGGGUUGAGACUGGAGUUGGCAAAUGAGUAAGUCGUGGCCCAAAAUGAUUGCCUUAAUUACUACACAUAUACAGAUGUAUGGAGCGAUGAGACUAAGAGACUUAUACAAGCUCAAAGAUGUUUUCUUUACAUGUGAAAAAAGUGUCUUGUAAGGAACAGAUGUGAAUAUUUUAAUAUGAUAGAGUUAAUGUUUGGUUGUAAUGUCGACAUAAUGUUUUAGUUGGGUCGGCUUCGUAGGUGUCAUUGGUUACUAAAUGGUGAGUUUGCUCUCUGCUUAUGUGCAGUCAGCAGUACGACUUAAUCUAUUUUUAUCUUGUUUCAUAUUGUCAACCAAACAAGGCUGGCCUGAGUUGCUCACUCAAAUGCUGGCAACUUAAAAAAACUUAAUUCACAUCGUGUCAUAACACAUCCAAAUCCUCAUUUAGAAAGUGUAUAGAGGGGUUGGGAGAGAAACGCGCGACAAAAUAUUGACUGGCUCAAUGCAACACACUUAAAUACAUCAGAAGAAAUAUCCUCUUACAUUAAGAUCCACUUACACUAAAGCAAAGAUGUCAGGCACAUAAACACUAUCAUGAAUAUCCGCCACACUCACUUUCUAUCACAGAAAAACAGCGGCUGAAACUCGCCGGGCUCUCAACCCAACCGAGAAUCAUCGACAUAAAGAUGAAUUACCUUAGGUUUUUUUCUCAGAUGCAAAUUUAGAGCUGACCAGCUGCUUUGUUGAUAUGUUUUCACUUUGAAUUUAACUGUAUGCAAAAGUAACAUGGACGUGUGUUCUAUAUUUUUUUAAACCUAGCCUUGAUAAUUACAUAACCAAAGGUGAAACCCUGAAUUUAAUUGUAUGUUGUGGACUUCUGGAAAAUGUUGUGAUAUAGAUGCACACUGAAUAGGAAAAAAAUGUAAAUAACAAACGUUUAUACUUGUGUGUCCUAAGAUGUGUUGCAGAUAGAGUAAUUUGAGACUUUUUACUUUCUUUGACUGUUAUGAUCAUCAACCAUAAUCAUCUGUGUUUGGUUUGUCCUCACCAAUAUGAUCAUGUUUUUCA